AUGUCCCGUCUCCUGAUCGAGGGCACCAGCGUGGCCGAUUUUGUCAGGUCGAUGCCGCGGCAAGGGCGCAGCUACAGCCUGAUCCGCUACGAAGAGACGAUCCGGUACGCCGAAUUUCCCGUGCUCGACCUGAGCACACAGCCGCAGACGCCCGCCGCGCAGAACCUGCAGCGCUCUCAUCUGCAGCGCACGCACACGGAGAUCCUGGACAUGCUCGACUGGCUUUACGAUCACGGCGUGCGCCGCAUCAUCACGCUGCGCGUGCCGGACCGCAUGGCGCACCCGCAUGACGAGCUCGAGAUUGCCAGCGUGGUCAAGCGCUUCCGCGUCGAAGAGCUCGACUGGCGCAUUCUCGACCUCUCGCUCAACAUCUUC